UCACGCCUGUAAUACCCGUCACAUGCUUUCCCAACCAAUAUCUGGUUGUAAACGCUCAAUGCGUUGGUCUAGUUGCUACUCGGCAAACUAAAAUGAAAUGUAGAUUAUAGACAGUGUCGUCAGGAGCGACAGUCAAGACAGAGCACAUAUUCGAAUGCGAGCCGCAUUUCUGUUCUCUCCGCGUUCUCGUGACGUUCGAAAUGUCAGUCCACAUGUGUGUGCGGUAAUCCAUGGUGCCGACUGAACAGUGCGCCGAGUUAAAUGAUUACACAACAGCAAAACAUUCGUAAAUUUUUGUUUGGAAGCUGUGCAAAUCCGCAAUACUGUUCAGCUCCAUAGUCUUGCAAGUUAUUCAUUGUGUAAUCAUUGUCGGUGUACCAUUUUGUUGAUCAAAAUGUAUAACGUUAAAGGACCAAGCAAAAUUGUAGCAAAAACGCGAAGGGGACUGGUACAAAAUAUUGAAGUAAAAAACAAGAAAUCAAAUAGUAACGGACACAUCGUCAAUAAUAACAACGACAACGUCCUUAAUAACAACAAUGAAGAAAUUAUGGUAAAGGGACCUAAACCAGUGUUUCAAAAUGUAAAUAAGAAAUUGCAUCAGAAUGGGUACCACCAUCAUCACGACUAUGACGAACAGCAAGUUGUGACGCCGCAGCAUGAAGAAAUUGUAAAUUAUGUUAGCAAUUCAUGGAAUUGUGUUUGUUCAGAGCUAGAUCUUCACGCGAAUUCUUCCGAUGGCAGCUCAAGCCCUCGCAGCGAUAAUUCAGUGUAUUACUAUGAAGAUGAUCAAGUAAAUCUAUCAGACUUCAAACCAUUCGAUUUGGAAUCAUGGUGGGGCAAACGACUGUACACCUACAUCACGAAUUCAGUGAACACAACAACCAGUUGAAAGUCGCUCAAACUUCAAUUGAAGAAGCAUCACAAGAAAAAUAACGUCUAAAUUUAAUUCCACCCACCCAUAUUUUAAAAAUUACAAUUUUUGGUUCUUACCUUUUGUCUAUAACACUUCUUUCAUUUAUUACCGUUUUUGUUAUGUUGUAGAAUAGAACGAAAGGCUGACUUCAAUAUUAAGUAAUUAUUGCACAAUACUUUUGCCAAUGUAAAUGAAUAAUGAACAUACAGUGAGUUAACUAUUUUGAUAACUUCAAAGCAAAGAGAAACGUAACUGUGAUUGGACAUAAUUAAAUGAUGGAUUUAGGUAAAGUACUUUCGUUGGACACAACUUGCUGUGUUUAACGUGACAUGCCAUAUUAUCUCAACUGAUAACUUUGUAUAAAAACUAUACUGUAAUAACUUCUCUAUAAAAGAGAGAACACAAUAAGUUAACAAGCAGAUAAGUAGCUGCAAGCAAUCAAAUUGUUGUAAAAUUGCUUAUGAACCAUUUUUAUGUUAUUUAUAACAAUUUCUCUCGCACACAGAAUAGCGAUUGUUUUGCAAAGUUGAUCUGCAUAAAUAACAGUAUGUAUGUUCAUUUGAACAUGUUAGACAUAGAAAUACUUUCAAUUAAGAAGCAUGUGCUUUUAUUGUAUUUCUUUGACAAAAGCACAUGUAUUUUUUAAUUCAUUUGUACGCGCUGGAUAAGUUAAUUUAUUAAUUCUGCGCGUAUAGAUUAUAGUUCGUAUGUUUACGAAUAGUAUCUACUGUUUAUUGAGUACAAAUGUAAAUUGAGCGCUUCCUUAUUAGGCUGACGCACGGUGUAAGACAUAUUGAGAAGUGUAUUACUGCUGUGAUUAAGUGAUAGGAGGUAUGAAUGUGUAUGCAUGUGCGAAGAUGAUUAUUCUUACAGGAUGUUAUUUGUUAAAUGUUUGCAUAUCAUUGUUGAUGUAUAUAUGAUUAAUAUUGAUUGAUUUUUGUUAUGUGCUUUCGAUUGUUUUUAUAUGAGAAAAGUACAAAUUACAAAAUAUAUAAUUAUUACUUA